CCCAUCCCAGUCAGUUCCCCAGCAAGGACUCCAGCGCCAAUAUCGACCGCCCCGACCAAGAGGGCCCUCCGACUCCUCCUCUUCCCAAGCCCAAGCACAAGCUAACUGGCAUUCGGCGCGACACAAAGCGCACGUAGACGCAGUUGCUAGGCCGGCCCCCCCCUUCCACUCCAAAGCGGCCCCUCCUCCCUCGUGUCAUGUCCCCCAAGCCCCGGAGCCAUGUCCGACGAAGUCUCCCAGUUCCUCGAGCAGGUCGAGCGCCUGCGAGGUCAACAGAUUGAAGAGGACGAAGUGCGAGCUCGUGAGCUUGAAGAGUACAUGGUUGCCAAGCGAGAGAGGCAAGCCCGACGUGAAGAACGCGCCAGAUCAAUCUCCCCCCAAAAGUCCUCGCCAGCCAACACCCCCUCGCCUCGCUCGAACCGCCGCAGCGUACACCUCUCCGAGGCAUUGAAGCUCGAAUCACCGGGUGCUGCCAAGGAAGACGACUCCUCCCGAGCUCGAGCAUCUGCCGAGCCCGAGGGAAAGCAGGACGCUAUGAGCUACCCCAGCUCCUCGCCCACCAAGGAGAACGAAUCUCCCCUCGACGUCGAUACAAAGCCCACGCCAAGACCGCCUUCCCGCGGCUCUGCCUUGUCGUGGCAGCAGCGGCCCAAGUCUCGGAGUGGUGGUGGUCGUCCGCUUAGCAUGCUCGCGACCCAAAAUGCGACCCAGAGGUCGCUGGUUGGGUCGCAGGAACCUGCGUCAACGUCAGCCACUGAACAGACCUUCAACAAGGACCAGAUUGCACAUGCUCUGGGUUCUAAAGAUCCCUCAUGGUUCCGUCAGACUGCUGACAGAGGUGCCAACUCUGCUGCUUACCGACGAAACCAGGUUGAGGAUGAUGAUCGCCUAGAUAUGAGCUCCGUUAAGGCCCAACUGCCAGGCAUGGAAGCUGUCAAGCCCAAACCAAGCCCACGGCCGGAGCCAGUCUUGAGCACUCCCACAAAGACGCGGAUCAUGAGCCCACCUAUGCUGAAUCCUCCUCGCUUUGACGGCGGUGACGACCAGCCUUCGGUCGAACGCUCCAUCACCCCUACGGGCCGGACAUCUCCCUUCCGCUCCAAUUCCCGCUCCAACUCGCCCACAAAGGGUAUGGGAGGGUUUGUGCAGAGCGCUAUGAUGAAGAGGUCAGACAGUGUGAAGCGGUGGAGCGUUGCGAGCCCUCCCGGCUUGGCACACACAGUAGCCGCGAGCCGCACCGCUGGCCUUUCAUCGACCUCGAGACCCCAGAGCAUGAUCGGAUCUGGAGUGAGGACGCCGACUUCUAGCCGGCCGACCUCACGACACGGAGAAGAAGAGGCUGACGGCGAUUCCACGCCCAAAGCCCCUACAAUCGACACUGCCCUUGGUUCAAGAACCCCAAAGACUGAAGAUGGAGCUCUUCCCGUGAGCCCAACCAAGACCAUGGACCCUCGACGGUGGAGCCCAACCAAGUCGAGCUGGCUAGAGAGCGCAUUGAACAAGCCCGAAUCACCCAAGCCGCAACACAAGUCCAACACAUCCCAGCCUUCAUGGAUGGCGGAGCUGAACAAGAACAAGGCCGAGCGUCCAAACACACCAUCCCACAAGCAUCAAGUUAGCAUCGGCGGGCUUAUGAGGUCUACCCCUAUGGGAUCAACUGCAAAGACCAACACGACCGGACUGGGCGGGAUUUAUUCCCCUCCACCCGGUGGUAACCGGCCCGUAUAUGGUGGCCAAGGCAGCCUCAACUUCUCUAAGAGCGCUCCCAAGCUCGAGCAGAAGAACGAAGAAGAAAAGGCACUUGACCCCGUGCCAGACCCCGAGCUCGAGCCCCAGCCUGUUGAGGUGGCUCAGAAGCCCCAAGAACCUGAGAAGCAAGAGACUUCCGCCAGCUCCACAGCUGCCAAUCCUCCUGCUAUCAAGCCUAAGCCGGAAACCGCUCCCAAUAACGAUUUCCGUGCCAGUCUGAGGCGUCGCCCGACAGGUGGAGAUCUUUCCAAGGGUGAUGAACCCGAGUUCAAGAGUGUCUUCGGCACACUGCGCCGCACCAAGACCCAGAAUUACGUGGCUCCGGAUGAGCUCAAGAGCAACAUUCUCCGCGGAAAGGCCGGUCUCAGCCAGACUGGGGGCCCCCAGAAAUCGGAGCGAGUUGAUGAGUUCAAGGAUGCAAUCUUGAAGAAGAAGGCAUCCUUCAAGCAGGCUCAGUCAGAAGGCAAGGGAAUCUCAAGGAGCACAACCCCUGUAGCGAGCACUCCCAUACCCGAGGGACUUGCGAGGAGAGCCGAGCUUGCCAACAAAAGGGACUCUGCCGCCGUGCCUCACAAGCCAGCGUCUCCAAAGCCAAUUCCUGGUCCCAAGAGGAUACCGAGUCAUUCGGCCCUAUCACCCAGGUCUCCCUCCGUUUCUGCCGAGUCCAGCACGAAACCUGUUGCCGAGCCCAGAUCUCUGCCCGUCCUGCAAAAGGAGACGAGUGCACCAGCCAUGCUGCAGGGACGCGUGGGUGGAGGCAAACUCGCUGGCCGAUUCAACCCAGCUCUUGCUGGCAUGCUAGCAAGAGGGCCACCUCCGAUGGCUAGCAACGGAGGCAAUGAUGAAUCUGGCGGAGUUUCUCUCACUGGUUCUAAAGAACCAGUCACUGAGCCAUCCGCUCCCGGGCCUCAGUUAACUCAUAUGACUAAGGGUCGAGCGCGAGGACCUAGGAGAAAGGCGCCGACUACUGCAUCUACCCCAGCGAAGACUGCUAGUGCGGAGCCCAAGCCCUUUGUGGAUGAGAAGCCUGCCCUUGUCGAAAGAGCAGAGACGAUAUCUAUCCAACAUCAGGUCGCUGCCAAGGCUGCUGUUCGUAGCAAGCCCACGCCCUUCAAGAAGCCAGAGCAAGACAUGGCUCCAGUCCUAGAGCAGAGAGCUCCCUCGUUCACACGCAAGCAGAGCAUCGUCGCUGAGCCACCUGUUGGCGACUUUCCGUCUCCUCUUAGAAUCCAGAAGACCGGAGAUGUUGCCUCGCAACCCAGCUCACCCAAGAAGCUCGACACGAAGCGUAUUUCCAAGUUCAUGGAUGAGGGUGCGCCCCUCUCGGAGCCUUGGGAACCGGCUCGGUUGACACAUCAGCGAACUGGCUCAAGGUCGCCCGUGAAGAUGUUCCAGCGCCCGCUGCCAGAACCAGAACCAGCGUCUCCCCAGAGACUUGAGAGACGAAGACUUCCUGACCCGGAGCCGUCAUCGCCGCCAAGACGAGCUCUACCAGAGCCGGAACCGGUCUCUCCGACCAAGGUUGACAGCGACCCCAUCGCUUCUGUGAGGAACGCCGCCGCCAUGUUUGGAGGUGCUUCACUUCGAACUCCACCCUCAGCUUCCAAGCCAUCUUUCGAUGGCCACUCCCCUGACCUGGAGGUUGCCAAGACACCUUCAAGGGUGGCCACUCGACCUCUGCCUCUCCCCCCGUCCAAGGAGCCCAGAUCCCCUCCUGCCGUGUCAUCACCUCCGCCCAGGCAAGGAAACGAUGCGGCUACGUUGCUCAGCGAUUUCUUCGGGCCAAAGCAAUCUAGAACAGUGCCUUACAAGGUUGAUACCGCUGAAGUUCUCAUGAACCGUCCUUCCGAGGGUGGCAAAAUCCAGCCCCUGAGCUUCCAGACAUUCCAGAUUUCUGGAGCAGGCAAGAAGACUCCUGUGUCUUCUCACUACGAGCGUGUGCUGUUUGAGCAGGAGAUGUACAUCUGCCCUCACAGCUUCACUAAUGAGGCCGGCUGGAAGCGACUUGAGGUCUACUUCUGGGUUGGCGACGAAGUUCCCGAGUCGGCCGCUGCGGAUGCGUUGAUCUUCGUACAGAAGGAGGUCAAAGCCUUGGGCGCCAAGCUAGUCAAGAUUCAGCAAGGCAAAGAGACGGCUGAAUUCCUGCAAGCUAUGGGCGGCGUGAUCAUCGUCAGGCGCGGAUCCAGCAACAAGUUUGAUUCGCUCGCCUCCAAUAUGCUUUGUGGCCGACGAUUCCUGGGCCAAGUCGCCUUUGACGAGGUCGACUUCGUCCCAGCAAACCUCUGCGCGGGCUUCCCCUAUCUCAUCACUCAUGGCGGCAAGUGCUACUUGUGGAAGGGCAAGGGCAGCGACGUGGCUGAAUUGAGCUGUGCCCGGCUGAUUGGUAUGGAGCUCACGCUCACCGGCGAGUUGAUUGAGUACGACGACGGCAGCGAGCCUGCAUCGUUCUGGUCGCUUUUCCAGGGAGGAUCAAAGCUUGGUUCGGCAGACCAUUGGAAACUAAAGCCCAACUAUGCCAAGUACAGCAGCAGACUCUUCUGCUCAGAUGUAGACACGCGGCAACAGAUCUUCGAGGUCACCCCUUUCAACCAGCGGGACCUCUCCCCUGAGAACAUUUAUGUCCUUGAUGCCUUCUUCGAGAUGUACAUCAUUGUCGGCGCCCGCGCUCAGACUCAGUACGCCUCUUUCCGCAACGCCCUUGACUUCGCUCAGGAGUACGCCAUCCUCGCCUCUGGCAUGGAGGACCGGCCCUUCGUUCCCAUUUCCACUGUCGUUCUUGAGGGCGUUCCCCGCGACCUCAAGCGCGUCUUCCGCAGCUGGCGCGACGAGCUCAGCCCCACGGCCACCAACACCGUCGGUGUUGCUGCCCCCGGUGCGCCUAAGCGCGGGAGGAGUCUGCGCGUCGUGUCCCUGACACAGGCGCUACAGGCAAUGAGCGAGUAGAUGACGACGACAGCAAAGGGGCGCUUCGGAACCUCCGGUUAGAGGUGUGGGGUUUUGGGUCUGUUUUGUCUGCCCUUGUUAUGCUUGGUUCGGUGCAUCAUGAGAUCUAAGGAUGGAUGGAUGGCUGGCGAUUUUGGAGUUUAAUAUUUGGUUGCAUCCAUAGGUGGUUAAGGGGGCAGUGAAGACGAAAAAGCAUAUGUGCAUACCCUCUACAUACGUUGACAUACCUCUUCCUCCCGGACAGUCUAGCAUAAUGAUGACCUCGUUUUCGAACG